GUUGUUGUUGGAGAGGAGAAAGGUUCGGUGACAUUGGAUACUCUAAACCGUCCUCAUCAGCUUAAUGUCAUCUCUCCUGAAGUGGUCCUCAAGCUUGCAGAAUAUCUUGAAACCUGGGAGAAUGAUGACAAGACAAAGCUUAUACUGAUCAAGGGUGCAUGGAGAGCUUUCUCUGCCAGUGGUGAUCUAAAGAUGUUUUAUUACGGCGGUGAAUCAAGUAAGAGUCCCAAGAGAAAACAUACUAUCAUGUUUUAA